AUGCGGGCGGCCCCGGGAUGGGGCUGCGGGAGCCCGGGCAGCCGGCAGGGGAGGCACGGGAGGCCCGGACAGGUGUGCCGAGCAGCCGCUGCCCGACGCGCCGAGGGACGGCGGGACAGCGCUCGGUGCCCCCGCAGCAGCUGCGGCGGAGCGGGGCCGCACAUCCCGCACGGAGCCCCGCUGCGGCCCCGGAGGGCGGCGGCUGCCCCGCAGUGCCCGGAGCCCCCCGGCCCCGGCCCGCCUCGGUUCCGAACGGGGCUGCGCCAGCGGAGCCUCCUGGACACAUUGCAGGAACAGAGAGGUCAUUCUUCCCCUGUACUCGGCACUGGUGAGGCCUCACUUGGAGUAUUGCAUCCAGUUCUGGGCCCUCACUUUAGGAGGGAGGUUGAGUUACUUGAGCGUGUCCAGAGGAGAGCAACGAAACUGAUAAAGGGCUUGGAACACAAGCCAUAUGAAGAGCGACUGAGGGAGCUGGGGUUGUUCAGCCUGGAGAAAAGGAGACUAAGGGGUGACCUCAUCACUCUCUACAACUUCCUGAAGGGUGGCUAUAGUGAGCUGGGGGUCGGCCUCUUUCUCCGGGUGACAACGGAUAGAACAAGAGGACACAGUCUCAAGUUGCGUCAAGGUAGAUGUAAGUUAGAAGUAAGAAGGAAAUACUUCACAGAAAGAGUGGUCAGAAACUGGAAUCAUUUACCCAGUGAGGUGGUGGAGGCAUCAUCCCUUGAAGAAUUCAAAAAAAGACUGGAUGUGGCACUUGCUGCCAUGAUCUAGUUGAACAGUUAGAACAUCGGCUGGACUAGA